AUGGAAACAAAAAUAAUUUCCAAAGAAAACAUCAAACCCUCUUCCCCAACACCAUCCCAUCUGAAUACAUUCGACUUUUGUGCGUUAGAUCAGAUUAUUGUAAGUCCUUAUGUACCAAUCAUCUUAUAUUACCCCAAUAACAAUGGCGACAAUUCCAAUCAUGCCCUACAAAGGUCAGAGGUUCUAAAGAAGUCUUUGUCUGAGACCUUGACUCGGUUUUACCCACUUGCAGGAACAAUCAAGAACGAUCUUUCUAUCGAUUGUAACGCUAUUGGUGCUAACUAUAUUGUAGCUUUGGUCUGCGGUCGUCUUGACGAAUUUCUACGGCAUCCUGAUCACGGGUUGAUCAAUACCUUUUUGCCAUGUGAACCUAGCUUUAACAAGUCUAGUAUUGGUAAUCGUGUAACAAACGUGCAAGUGAACAUUUUCGAAUGUGGUGGGAUUGCCAUCGGCUUAUGCAGUUCACACAAAAUCCUUGAUGGGGCUGCAGUGUACACGUUUAUGAAAGCAUGGAGUAACAUGGCUCGUGGAGCUGAAGAAGUUGUGUAUCCAAACUUCACCGCUCCAUCUCUUUUCCCUGCGAAAGGCUCAUGGCUCAGAGACACAUUCAUGGUGUUGGGGGAAUCAUUGUUAAAGGAAGGCAAGUGUCGCACAAAAAGGUUUGUAUUCGGGCCGGAUGCUAUUGCCAGACUGAGAGCCAGGGCAGAGAGUAACGGCGUGCAACGACCUACUCGAGUUGAGGUUGUAUCUAGUUUGAUAUGGAAGUGUGCAAUGGCUGCAACUAAUGAAGCAUGUGGUAUCCAGAAGCCUUCUAGUUUAACACACUGGGUGAAUCUUCGUCCCAAAAUUAAAUCCAACUUUUCGAAUCACUUGAUUGGUAACAUCGUUUGGGUCUCAAAUGCUGUGUGUUUGGCUAGCGAUGAGACACCGUUGCACAGUUUGGUGAAUAAGGUGCGUGAAAGUAUUUCAAAAAUCAACGUUGAGUUUGUGGAGAAAGCACAAGGAGAUGAAGGGUCUUUCGCCAUGCAGAAAUCUUUACAAGAAAUGGGGGAAAUAACUGGCUCGAUAGGAACCAUAGAAAACUAUGGUUUUUCGAGUUGGUGCAAGAUGGGUUUCUAUGAAAUUGACUUUGGUUGGGGAAAGCCGAUUUGGGUGACAGGUGUUGUAGCUGAGGGCGCGCCCGUGUUUGUGAAGUUUGUGACACUAAUGGACACGAAAAGUGGUGAAGGUAUAGAAGCAUGGGUGAAUUUGGAUGAAUCAGAAAUGGAGAUUUUACAGAAGAAUCAAGAGUUACUUUCAUAUGCUUCAUUAGAUCCAAGUCCUCUUCUAAAUGGUGAAAUUGGUGCAUUAGGUGCAGGACUUGGCCAGGCAACUGACCAAUUUGUACAGGAAAUAAAUCCGCUUCAAACGGCCUGA